AUGUCUUCUGCGAUGUCCGAUCCCAAGUACCUCAUCAAGCGCGUCCCGGACAAUGCAAAACGCCCCGGAGAAUGCAAACACUGCCAUGAGGCAUUCAUCGAGGGCACGCUCCGCCUCGGCUGGAAGGAGACCCCGGGCGCCCUGAAGAGCGGGCCCUGGUCCUGGGCGCACGUGGACUGCGUUCCUGAGAAGCGCUGGAAAAGCGCCGUGGCCCUCUUCGGCGACAUCGACGAGAUCCCCGGCGUCAACGACGACGCGAUCACGGUUCAGCUGAUCAACGCCGCUCGCGUCGGCGCGCAGGCCGUCGAGAAGGCCGUCGAGAAGGAGGAGUUGCUCAAGAAGGAACUCGAGGAUCUCUCGAAAGCGGCGUUGGCUCGAGGAUACGCUCGCAUUGCCGCCUUCGACUACAAAGUGUGCGAGUACGUCAUCAACGACUCGCCCACCUCAAAGACGCGGUGCGAUCGCUGCGACGAGGACUUCGUGGACCUCUCGCGGUCCCUCCGCCUCGGAUGGAAGGAGAAGCCCGGGGAGAUCAAACGCGACGAGUGGACGUGGGCGCACGCCGCGUGCGUUCCCAUGGUUCGCUGGGACAACGCCGCGGACGUAUACGGCACGCUGGACCCCAAGAACCCCGACGUCCCCGGUAACCUCCACGCCAUUCCCGGCGUCGACGGUUGCGAGGCCACCGCCGAGGAGAUCCGCGAGUGGUACGCGGUGUCCGCGGUGAGCGUCAAGGCGCAGGCCCGGGCGUGGGAGACUGAGGCGCUCGCGGCGCUCCGGGAAGAAAAGAAGCGCGCCGCGCUCGCUGCCGCGCAGGUUGAGAACGCUGGACGGGCGAGCCUCGCCGCGGCGUGA